AUGGGCGGCGUUUUGGACUUAGAAGAACAUCUUGUGUUCUACAGAUCAUACCACUUCAAUCAGACAAAUGUUGCGAUUCAUUUGGCCUGUAUUCCUGUAAUAUUGGUUACUGCAUUUGCUAUCUUUGUGCCGCUUCAAUUGAGCAGUAUUCUGCCCUACCUCAACUUGGGGGUUGGUUUUGCACUUGGCUACUCGAUAUUUUAUGCUGUACUUGACUUCAAAGUUGGAGCAAUCACCAUACCAUUACUUACAUCAAUUGCCGUCUUCUUAACAGAAUUAUACAAAAGAGCUGGCGAGGGCCAAUUAUAUGUCGAUCAAAAGCAAUUAUAUCGCAUUGAAGUCGCCCUUCAUAUAGCUGCAUGGUUAGCUCAAUUCUAUGGCCAUGCUGUGCACGAGAAAAGAGCGCCUGCAUUACUUGAUAAUCUCUUGCAAGCUCUUGUUCUUGCCCCAUUUUUUGUAUUCUUUGAAGUUGCAUUUGCGUUAGGUUUUAGAAAAGACUUGGAGAAGACCAUGAACAACAAAGCAGGGAAAUUGGCUAGAGAUUUCAAAUUUGCAACUGCGGAGGCGAAUAGAGCUAACAAGAAGGAGAUUUGA